GAGGAGACACAUAGACGACCGAGCAAACGGAGGGGGAGUGAAUUGCACAUUCGGAAGAUGGUGUCGGUGGUGCGGUGGUCUGUACAUGGCAUUGAACCGAGGUUUCUGUUUAUUUCUUCUUUCUUUUUUAUUCACACCGUUUCCUUUCUACCUUUGGUUGUCUUCAAUUUUUUUGGCGAUUUCGGUGCUUUGUUUUUGGUUGGUGGGUCGGGGUUGGGGGAACUGGAGGAGGGUCGGUUUCUUUUUCCGCAUGCAUGCUUUCAACGGUUAUCGUGUUGCCUCGAUCAUUCGCAUCGUUUUGCUCUUCAUCAUAUAUUUUUUUGUUUUUUAUUUUAUUUUCUUCUGCCCGGAGCGUUGCUCUUUUUUUUCCUCCCCUCGCAUUCGGUUGUUUUGUUUUUUUGCUUUUUGCUUUCGAUCGUUGGUUGGGUUGGGAAUUUUUCCUUUUUUCUUCCCUUGCUCCUGCUUCCUGUUUUGCAUAGCCAGGUUGCGUGCUGCUGCUUGCUUACUAAGUUGAGUCGAUCUGUUCUGUUUUUAUGGAUGAGGGGGGAUGGAAGGUUUGUCGCCGAUUGUAUGUAUUAUAAUUACACGGGGGACUUUGGAACCUUAUUUUUUUGGACUUGC